AUGGAAAAUAUAAUUAAAAUUAAUUGGAAUUUAUUAUCAGAUGAAAAAGAGGUUAGAUCAAGAAUCGUAGAUUGGUUUAGUAAAAGUGACCAGAUUGAUGAAUUGACAUCAUUUCAAGAUCUUGAUCAACAACAAGACAACAAACAAAAAACAAUAUUAUCGGCAUCUGGAUCAAGAAUUUUAAAGAGUGAAGUCACUAGAAUGGAUGUUUAUCAUUUGAUGGAAGCACAUAAUAUUAAACCAUUGGGUAUUCAUAGUGACCCUCAAAUGGGUAUCUAUAUGAUUGAAUUCCAAGUUAAAGCAAAGGAAUUCUAUGGUAUUGCUUCAAACUUUCACCUAACCUUUAGUUUCUCAGAGGCUGGCUAUCUCAUUCACAUGGACGUUAAAAGAAACUAUGAUAAUCCAUCUUCAACUUUUUAUGAUACAUUUAUUAAAAAGGAAAAUAGUUCAUCUCAACUCAUUAAUUAA